CCUAUUUGCAUGGUUGAUGAAUAUGCAUCACAGGGGGUGGGACCAGCUGGGCCCUGAUUUGAAUAUGCACAGAGCGAGGCUCGGCCGCGCCUCGAUCGGGCCGCGGAUCUCCGAAUCGGGGAUUGAUGUAUGUAUUGCAUUCGGAGUCCCAGCCUGGUGAUGUGAUGGAUUCCAAGCCCCAGUCACUGUGCUCCCCAUUCUCUUGUACAGCAGCUAAUGGCCGUAGGGGGCCCAAACAACUAUCAAGCAGCCCUGAGACAGGGGAUGCCCGCCCAAAGCCCCCAGUGAAACCCAAGCCAUGUGUGUUGCCAAAGCCAGCUAUGCCAGCAAAACCCACCCCUGUACUGCGUCAAGCUCUUUCUGAAGUGCCCUCUGCAGAAAAGAUCAAUUUGCUGGCUGGACCCAAGCCAUAUAGCAGUGGGGCUGGUAAUUCUGUUAAGCGUCUUUCCUUUAGCUUCAAGUGUCCUCCAAAAGAAGGUACAAAUGGAAAAGAGGUUUCACCUCCGUUCUUUUCUGUGACCAAGCCAUCUGCAGAUGGAGAAGGGCCUGGUUGUGCAAAGCAACCCAGUGUUGCAGAAGGGGCUUCUGUGGACAAGUAUGAAGAAUCAUCCAGUAUAUGCAAGUGUGCUGUCCCAUUCAAAGUGAAGCCAGUGCCAGUAGCAGCCAAGCCAGAACGUUUUCCUGGGACCACAGUGGAGGAGAUCUUGGCCAAGAUUGAAAAGCCCAGCAAAGAAGGGCUGGAGAGCCCUGACAAGCCUCGCCUGGUACGCACCUUCUUCAGCCAGGAAGGUGGCACAUCUAUUCACUUGGGGCCUAAGGGUUAUGCUGUAUUCCGGAGAUGUUCCAGUGGAGGGGAAGGGAGAGAAAUGGAACUGAAGGAUCCUGUGUACAGGGCUUCUCAUGAAGAGAACAGAUUGUCAAGGAGCAAGGAAGACACCACAAGUUCGAAUGGUCAGCAUGCACCUGAAUCUGAGCAGCCAGCAACAGAGGGAGGCUUAUGUUUCCACUCUAGAGACAGCAGCUCCAGCCCACCUAGCAUGAGCUGUGAUGGAGACCAGCCUGGACUUCGCAGUCCACCAUCACCUCCUGGCGUUUCUGUCCCACAGACCUAUCAACCCCUUGCCAAGCUCUCUUCUGGAGUCACUCCUGGGUCCCCUGAGGCCCCUGCUGAACCAGCCCAGGCCCCAGGUGCUCCAUAUCUUCCAGCAGAUAUCCACAUCACCCAAGCUAAGCUUCCCCCAGGCUCUCCAGAUGUUAUUAAGCCCCUUAAAUCUUCCACUAAGGAGUUUUGUGGUCUUACCCAGGCUCCAGGUUCCCCUCUGACGCUUGCUGACCCCUGUCCCCCGGGAUCCCCCAGUGUUUCUGUUGAGACGUCACUGUCUCCAUGCCCCCCCAGCCCUUCUGCAAGGGACCUUGAAGGCUUACUUCUUCCUGGACCAUCUCUCAGCAUGCCUUUUAUGCCACCUGCUAAUCAUAGCCUAGAAACUCCCAGUUGUCUCUUGGGCAUCUCUGAGUCUCCUGGUUCCCCAAACACUCUUUCAGACUACUGUGUUAGUUCUGAUCAGCCUCCUGGCUCCCCAUCUCGUGCACAAGAGUCCAUUUUGCUCUCCAGAAACCAAGAUUCUCCCAAGAACCAUACAUGUGCAUUCCCUGCAGAGGACAAGGCCUCCCACUUUUCUCAGUUGCCUUUGCGGCGUGCUUCAGAGGGAGUUGUGGAGCCCCAAGGCAAAAAAGGCAAGGAGGAGCUGGGGGGAUCUUUGGCUACCCUGCCAAGAGGGGGUCCUCCCUUAAAGCAGGCAGCAGCGGGAGAGUCCAAUUGGAGCCUGUCACAGUCUUUUGAAUGGUCAUUUCCUAACCGGACUUUUGAAUGUGGUGGGAGACAACUGGGGUCUCCACCCAGGUCUCCCAUUGCAGAGGCAGAAGACACAGGCCUCUUGGAAACUGAGUUGAGUGGGAUGAUCUCCAGUCCCAAAAGGUCUUAUGAGGAAAGAAGUUCAGAGGGUCUGAACAGGAGAGAAGAUGAAGCUGAGGCUGAUGAGAGCUCUCCUGGCUGCAAGGAUUCCUGGAGCCAGGCUGUGGGGCAGCCAGAGUCCUCUUCUGUCCUGCAGAUGCCUGCACCUGGAGGACCCUCUGAUGGGAAACAGCCCAGUAGCCGUGAGCUAAAGGGUCCUUUGGUGGCAACAGAGUGUGGCUUUCAAGAGGAGGAAGAGGGCUUAUUGCCUUUUGUUCCAACCCAUGAGAAGGGGGCUUUGCAGGCAAUGGAGCCCUUGCCAAGUGUAGAACAGUCUGCCACCCCUGCACAGCUUUGCAUCUCAUUCUCAGAGGAUGUCCAGAUGCAGACAGCUGUGUCUAGCCGGGAGGAUGAGUAUGUUCUGGAUCUGGUUCAGGAGAGCAAGACUGGUGGUGCUGACCCUCUGCAAGGGGUUGAACAGGAUCCUAGCUCAUGCUGGCUGGAUGAACUGCUAGCAUCGCCUCCACCUAGUGCGGAUGACACUAAGAGGAGAAAUACGCCCAAGUUGGUUGACCCUACAGGACCAGAGGAUCUCCUUGGAUGGUCCCGGAAAGAUCUUUGCAGCGAGUUUGGCAUUGGAGAGACUGGCCAGUCCAUGGCUUUUGCCAUGGGAUGGGCUGAAGAGGCUGUCAGUGGCAAAGCGGAGUGGUCCGACGAGACGGAACAGGAUCGUGAAUUUGGCACUGGCAAACGGGAUUGGCUGAGCUCGUACAACGCUGGUGAUGCUGACAGGCAGGAUAUGAAAUUUGCUACUAGCCCACAGGAUUGGGCCAGGGGGACUCCACUGCUGGGUAAUUCCAACCAAGGCCAAGAAGACUGGCUCACUGCCUAUGGCAGCAGCUGUGCUGACCAGCAGAUUGGGGAGUCUGAUUGGAGCAGCAGGUAUGACAUUGACUCUGCUGAAUGUCAAAAUACAGAGUCUUACGUGAGGAAGCCAGGCUGGCCCAGGCUCUGCACUGAUGCCGAUCAGGGGAGCAGGGAGUUUGCUGUAGGCAACACAGACUGGAGUAGCCAGUAUAUUGCAGGUGCUGCUGCUGACAGGACUGACUGGCCCAGCAGUGCUGAAAACGACAGCUGUGUGGGCUCAGAGGCGAACACUGAGCCAUCAGAUGUGUCUAAUAAAUGCAGUCCUGCCCACCACCGGGAUGCACAACUCGGUCUCAGGCAUUCUGCGGGGCCUGAGGAUGAUCACGGUCCCUAUCAAGAGGCUGCAUUCAGUGCCUGUCAGUCAGGCUGGCCCGAAGAAACCGGUGCUGACACCAGUGCCAGUGAACUGCAAAUGGGAUUCAGUGACCAGCAGUUGGAAGAGACCAGAAAAUGCAGUGCCAGCCAUUCUGCAUCUCAGGUUGACAGCCAGCAGCAUGCCCAGCCUGAUGCAUAUGGCUUUAGUGAUGCCAGUUGUCCAGAACCUGAACUAAGUGGCAAGGAGUCUGACUGGCCCACUAGUUUUGAUUUGGGGGUUGCCCAGUGCCAGAGCAGUGAAUUCAGCAUUGGGAAGCCAGCUGACAUUGACGAAUACAAUGAUAGCCAAACACGCUGGGAAAGAGAAGUGGGUAUUUUAAGUGGAGGCAGCACCCCGGUGUUUGGGGCUGGUGAUGCAGAGUUCGAUGCCCAGAAGACAGUCUGGACUGAUGCUUACGUUCUUGGUGGAAGUGAUCCGCAAGGUAGCAGCUUCUCGGCUGGCGCAAGAGACUGGGUCAGAGGCACUGAUGUCUCUGGAACGGAACAAAAAAUGCAGUGCAGUGCUGCAAGGAACAACCAAGGAGGAAACUUUGACCCACUGGAUAUGUCAGGUCUAAGAAUGACAAUAGAUUUGGUGGAGACAUCUGACAACCUGAUAGACCAGACUCAAGAUUUUAAAAGUGUGGCCAUGGAUGAGCCCAGAGGAGUUGGAGAGGGGCAGUCUGACUGGACCCAAGAUCUCAGCCUUAAGGGCCUAAGCCUUUCCAAGGCUGACAGCGCAGAUGAAUCUAGAAAAGCUCCAGAGAAGCAGCCUGAUUGGCCCUUGGCCCUGGGCUUGGCAAGGUCAUCUGCCCACUCAGAUGCAGGGCUUGUGAAUCCAGAGUUGCCUAGAGAACCUGGUGUGGGACAAGCAGAUUUGACCUGCAGAUCAGACAUUGAGAGCAAGGAUGUAUCUGAUGCGAGGUCCAAAGGUUUGGAGCAGGCUGAGGAAACAGGUCCAGUGGAGAUGGACUGGACCAGUGAACUUCAGGAAGAACAUCACAACCAAAGUUCUUGCCUUGGAGCUCCUUGUCUGGAUAGCGGUGAGAUGCAACACCCAGGAACAAGUGAAGACCCUGGAGAGAGCAGAGAGUCUCAUAGUGAACGAUUGUCCAGUCCUAGCCACCUGCUGGAAGAGAUGGUUGCCAGCAGUGCUGCUGAGGAGGUGGCUCAACAGAAGAGACCUACUUCCUCCCAUAGCUGCCAUUCAGAAGAGGGAGCACUCAGCAUGUUGACUGAUGACCAGAUGACUGCAGCUGAAAAGACUAGAGCCUCUCCUGCCUCAGUGGAGGUGAAGGAGGAUGAAAAGACUAGGCCCAGUGGAGAUGGUGGUAUCAGCCAGUUGGACAGUAGAAGCUGUUGUCAACCACCCCUGGAAGCAAGGCGCCUGAGUCAUCCAGAGCAAAAUGGAAGCCAAGCAGCUCAACCCAUAUCCCAAGAAGGCCACACUACAGACAGGGCUGGAGCACCAUCAGGGGAAACCUUCAUCUUCUUAACGGAUACAGAGGUCCUUGACAGUACCGCAUAUCGUGAUCGGGCAAACUUGGGCCGGAAGCGAGGACAUCGGGCACCGGUCACUCGAUCUGGAGGUGCCCUUUCAGAGAGCGAUAGGGACAGCUGGAUGUUCAAAGAUUCCACAGAGCCUCAAGUAUCUCUUGUACACUCUGAUGAAGAAUCUUCUGAGGAACCAAGGAGCAGACGGCCCCGGAAUUCUCCACUGUCAAAGGGGGUGAAGGUGCCACUUUUCCCAGGCCUCAACCCUUCAGCAUUGAAGGCCAAGCUAAGAGGCCGAAACCGUUCUGCUGAGGAAGGGGAUUCACACAGUGAGGCCAAGCAGAGUCCUGCUAAGGAGGCCCACGUACAACGCUCUAAAUCAUGCAAGAUUGCUAGUGGAAAGCCUUUGGUGCUGCCGCCCAAGCCAGAGAAAACCUCAGGGUAGGUGUAAGCAUCGUCACCCAAUUGGCUGCAGGUUCUGAAGCUGAAAAAGAAGAAAUCUUGAAAUGGAAAUAUUGAGGCAAGUGUCUCCUCAGAGGGCUUGAGUGUGGCUCUGUUCCAUUCCUGUUCCUUCUGCAUGUUGGAUCACUGUAAUGUGUUACAUGCAGUACAUUUGGUCUUUGGGUUCUGCAGCUGCAAGAUGAGUUUGUGGCUUCUGGCAGUUGGUCCAGAAUUCUCAAAGAAAAGUGCCUGUGCCUGUCGAGCAAGAAUGCUCCCAAACUGCUAUUGAAGAUUGGAGGAUCCUGGUACUUGAGACUCCUGGCUCUUAA